GAAACACGCGCAUGCGCACUUACGUCAGCAACCGGAGGAAGAAGUAAAUAAUGGCGGAGGAUUAGAUUUGGGAUACCCUUCGUAAUCUGUGUCAUCAUGCCUGUUAUAUACCAAUUGAAUGAAAUUUGAGGCAAUCAGUGUCAUAAGCAUAUAUCAGGGCAUUCUCUGAAGUCUAUAUUUUAUCAAUCAAGGACGAAUAAAUAAGUAAUGGAGCUUCGUGUCGGAAACAAGUAUCGGUUGGGUCGAAAGAUUGGUAGUGGAUCAUUUGGGGACAUUUAUUUAGGUACAGAUAUAACAAAUGCUGAAGAAGUUGCUAUUAAGUUAGAAUGUGUGAAAACCAAACACCCACAGCUCCACAUAGAGAGCAAGAUAUACAAAAUGAUGCAAGGUGGAGUGGGUAUUCCUACAAUCAAGUGGUGCGGUGCCGAAGGGGACUACAAUGUCAUGGUGAUGGAACUAUUGGGGCCCAGUCUAGAAGAUCUCUUUAACUUUUGCUCUAGGAAAUUCAGUUUAAAAACAGUCUUACUGUUGGCUGAUCAACUUAUAAGUCGUAUUGAAUAUAUUCAUUCAAAAAAUUUUAUUCACCGAGAUGUCAAACCUGAUAACUUCCUCAUGGGACUUGGCAAAAAAGGAAACUUAGUAUAUAUCAUAGACUUUGGAUUAGCCAAAAAGUAUCGAGAUGCAAGGACACAUCAGCAUAUACCUUAUAGAGAAAACAAGAAUCUCACUGGAACAGCCAGAUAUGCUAGCAUCAAUACACACUUAGGAAUAGAACAAAGUAGGCGAGAUGACAUGGAGUCGCUAGGAUAUGUGUUUAUGUACUUUCUCCGUGGUAGCCUCCCCUGGCAGGGCCUCAAGGCUGCAACUAAGAGACAAAAAUAUGAACGAAUAAGUGAGAAGAAAAUGUCCACCCCAAUUGAAGAAUUGUGCAAGGGUUUUCAAGCUGAAUUUGCCACAUAUCUCAAUUUCUGCAGAUCACUAAGGUUUGACGACAAACCUGAUUAUUCCUAUCUACGUCAACUUUUCCGCAAUUUGUUCCAUCGGCAGGGAUUUACUUACGACUACGUCUUUGAUUGGAACAUGUUAAAGUUUGGAGGAAACAAAAGCUCCGAUGAUUCAGAGAGGGAUCGUAAGGAUAGGGGUCCCCAUACGUCCACCACAAGGGCUCUGCCAGGUACUGCUAAUGCCAGCAGGAUGAGAAGUUUGGAACAAGUUGGUGUAGGAGUCGGGGCUGCUAGUCCUGUAGAUUAUGCUGAACGUGAACGUCGAGUAAGCAUGAGGCUUCACAGGGGUGCCCCACCGAACAUGUCAAACAGCGACUUACGUGAUGGCCGCCACUCGGCUCAACAUAUUGGCCAACAGGGCAUGAUGGUCGGCUCAGCAGUCAGGCGUGCUAGUGCAAAAGAUGAUCAGGGUCGCUCAUCAAGGCAUAUGAAAAAAUAACCAAGAAUCAAACCUAUUAGUGGUAGUAUUUUGAUGGUUUGGUUUUCCCUUCUGAGUCAGUGAAACACCAACGAGACACUGGAUGAGACACCAAUGAGACACUGGAUGUGCAGUUGGUGAGAAAUCGCUUCACUCAGUAGGUUAUGUUGGAAUAUCAGCAUUGGCAUCAACUAUGAUUUCAUGUCAGAUUGCUACGUGCCGCUUGGAGUCCAGCAGGAUCCUGGCUCCAACAUGCAGUCUCAAAACCCAGUCACAAUUAAAGCGUAACACACGGACAAACUAGCUUGUGUGGGCUGUAUAUGUUGGGUGCAUACUCUCAACACUGUUGAACCAUCAGUCCACACAAUAAGUGUGCUAUGUAUGAUGAUGACCUAGAGACUAGAGUCAUUGAUAUUCAUUGUGUAUAUAAGACAUUCAAUUGUAAAUUGGACCAAACGUGUAUAUAAUACUGCCUGUGUCACUGACUACAUGACGUUGUAUAUAGAUUGCAUCCCUGUUUCAAUCAACAGGAUCAACAUUCAAGUCUCAAGCUUAAUAGAUAAUGCCACAUCGGCUAUGACCUUAUGGUACAUCAAAAGCAUUUCAGGCCUAUGGGUCAAAACUGAAGUACAGACCCAUUGUCAUGUUUUUGGGGAGGUUAAGUUAGCAUUGUUUUGAAGAACAUCCAUGUGACUUUAUGAUCCCCUAUGGACUAUUUUCAUCUUACUGGGCUUUAUUUUCCCGAUUGAGUAUGAAGAUGUGAGGAAAAUAUUUGUAAUAUGGUCUCUGUUUAAACCAAUUGGGAGGUUGAUAACAAUACCUGGUUGGUUGUAAUAUUACAU